ACCAUGUCCCUCACAGGAAUGUGUGGCUGGAAAACCCUAUAGAAAUACGAUGACGUUCAUCUUUGCAUCAACAGUGCCAGAGAUGUGACGUAGGCACAUGAUAGCUCCUAGAACGGAGUCCUGUCCCCGACAAACAUUCAGGCCAGCACUCAACUCCUAAGGACUUCACAGAGGUCCAAGGCCCUUGUAGGAUUCUGUGGAUAAACAUGGGACCAGGUGGUCUCUGUGGAGCUGGAUGGUAACAGAUGACUCGAACCCUGAGGCACUGGUUUCAGGUGGCAUUCCCUAAUGUGGACAGCUCAAGGCCAGCUGUCGCCAGGAUUGUGGACACAGGUUACAGUGAAAAGAGAAAUCUAAAAUCAGGCCAGAGGGAUGCCCUGGGAGACUUUGCAGUGAUCCCAGCAGGUCUUGGGGAACGGGGUGAUAACUGGUGACCUAGUCUUCUCCUUAUGCAAAGAAUGAGUUGGAGCGCCACAAAUAGGCAAAGGAAUAGUGUAAACAGCAGACCAGGCUCCCAUCAAACCCCUGGUUCCCGCUAGAGCUAGGAAUACAGCUGGAGAGAUUCCAAAUGGCCAGAGGAACAAAUGGGGACCAUGUCAGCUUGAAGCUGAGUGACCCACAGAGGUUCCUCUAGCAACCAGCUGCACUACCCACAAAUGAAGGGACUUUGGGGCCUGGCUGUGCCAGAACGCCUAAAGAAGCCAGAUCUAGCUCAGUGGGUGCUCCCAAAUCCAAUCCCACCUCCUCCUAGGUAAGGUGUUGGGGCUGCUUGCUGUGCUAAGGUGAGCCUUCCCAGUACCUGCAUACCUAGGUGGCCAUUAAGUAGAGCUCUUACCCGUCUCAGCCUAGCGUCUCCUCAUAUUCUGGAAACUUCUGUUUGUGCCUGAAUGUUUCGACCCUUCUCAGGAGAAGGUGGAGAGAAAGGACUGCAAGGUGAAGCCCACCACGGCUGCAGCAUGCUCGAAGAAUGAUUGCAAGGUGCAGUUGCCCACGGCAACUGCAGCAUGCUCGAGGAAUGAUUGCAAGGUACAACCCACGGCAACUGCAGCGUGCUAGGGGAAUGAUUAUAAGGUGUAGCCUGUGGCAGCUGCAGCAUGCUCAAGGAAUAAUUGCAAGAUGCAGCCCAUGGCAGCUGCAGCAUGCUCAAGGAAUAAUUGCAAGAUGCAGCCCAUGGCAGCUGCAGCAUGCUUGAGGAAUGAUUGCAAAGUGCAACUCACAGUGGCUGCAGCGUGCUCCUCCAUGUUCUGAAGGGUGAAUGGAAGGACAAAGUCGUCAUCUCCUCUGUGGGUGGUAUAACUAACUACUCAGAUGUUGGAAGGGUCUGGUUGGACCAUGGUAACUCCACAUCGGGCACACCAACGGUUGAAACUUGGAGUUCCUGAAGGGGAAGGGCAACUGUCAGGCCCAAAGAGAACCCCGAAUUUUCCCAAAAGCAGUGGAUAACCUAAGACAACAUUUGCUCCGCUCAGGCUGGCCUAUAGAGGGAACAGCAUUCCUCAGGAAAUCCCAAAAGGGGUUCCUGUCUGCCUGAAAGAUCCAUUUCCCUUGACAUAUGCCUAUGGUCACAUAUCAAAGCCUUCUAGACUCCACAAGUCCCUAUCUACAUGUACCUGUUACACAUUUCAAACCCCUUUUAUGGAGAAAACUUUUUUCCCCUGGUUUUUUGAGACAAGUCUUCUUGUAUAACCCUGGCUGUCCUGGAACUUUCUCUGUAGAUCAGCCUGGCCUUGAAUUCAUAAAGAUCCACUUGCCUUUGCCUCCUGAGUGCUGGGAUUAAAGGUGUGCACCACCACUGCCCCCAAGGCCUUAUGAGUGCUAGGCAAGCGCUAUACCACUGAGCUAAAUGCCCAACCAGGAGAAAAUAACUUUAUUUUACAGUUUACUAUAUGUAAAGGGCUGAGCUGGUCACUGGGAGUGUCCGACCUUAUCUAGUACUUUAGAAGUCACAAGGCCUCAGACCAGCCUCCUGACCACACUGACUCCCAAAGCACACCUGAAGGCCUUUUCCUUCCAGCUAUCAAGGUGUCCUCUGGAGAUGUGAAUGCCAAGGGGAGGACUGACUGAGUCGUAGGGUGCCCUUGAUUUUAGUUCUGCCCUUGAUGGAAGCCACAGGCCAUAGUAACGAAUCACUUGAAAGUUCUAAGUGAACAAAAGUAACCCUGAUGGUCUUCGAUGCAAAGGCCACCCAGUUACUCUCGCGGUCAUUUGUGUCGUUUCUGUGUCUGUCGCCCCACAACGGACUCGGGGCCAGUGAGAAGCUGCUGUUCACGUCAAGGAAAGAAACCUGUAAUGAGGAUCCGUUCUCCCGCAUCCCACCUGCUGGAACACCUGGAAUUUCCUCAUUUUAUCUCAGAGGACAGAAGGAAGGGGCAAAGUUUUCCACACCCAGGGGUGCUCCAAAGGGAUGCCACCCGACCCCAGUGCUGCUGUGGUUUUUGAAGCUCGUCCAAGACAUCUUGUGCCUCCCUCCGUCCCCUCCCCUUCCUGCUAUUUUGCAGUUAUGUCCACUGGGGAGUUGUACGGCAGGAAGGCAUGAUUUUAUUUACCGUGUGUGGGCUCCCUAUUCUCACAGUGUCCGUGUGCAGCCUACGACUUCAGGGUUCAGUUCAGUCCCUGUCAUCUGAUCAUGAAGAUUUGGUGGCUCCUUCUGGUCAUGGGCGCAUGUGCAAAGAGUGUGUACUCCCAGGACACCUGCCGGCAGGGGCACUCUGGCAUCCCUGGGAAUCCAGGUCACAAUGGCCUCCCAGGAAGAGACGGACGGGAUGGCUCCAAGGGUGACAAAGGAGACACAGGAGAACCAGGACAUCCCGGAGACCCAGGGAAGGAUGGAAUUCGUGGGGAGAAAGGAGAACCAGGAGCAGAUGGAAGAGUUGAAGCGAAAGGCAUCAAAGGUGAUCCAGGCUCCAGAGGAUCCCCAGGGAAGCAUGGCCCAAAGGGAUCCAUUGGCCCUACAGGAGAACAAGGGCUGCCCGGAGAGACCGGCCCGCAGGGGCAGAAGGGAGAUAAAGGCGAUGUGGGCCCCACUGGUCCAGAAGGACUGAUGGGCAGUACUGGACCAUUGGGCCCCAAGGGCUUACCUGGUCCGGUGGGCCCCAUUGGCAAACCAGGUCCUAAGGGAGAAGCCGGACCCAUGGGCCCCCAGGGGGAGCCGGGAGUCAGAGGGAUGAGAGGCUGGAAAGGCGAUCGAGGAGAGAAAGGGAAAGUGGGCGAGGCUCCCAUCGUGCCUAAGAGUGCUUUUACUGUGGGGCUCACAGUGAUCAGCAAGUUCCCUCCUCCUGAUGCACCCAUUAAAUUCGAUAAGAUCCUGUACAAUGAACUGAACCAUUACAACGUGGCGACGGGGAAAUUCACCUGCCACGUGGCCGGCGUCUAUUACUUCACCUACCACAUCACUGUCUUUUCCAGGAAUGUGCAGGUCUCUUUGGUCAAAAAUGGGGCAAAAGUCCUGCAUACCAAGGAUGGCUACAUGAGCUCUGAGGACCAGGCCUCUGGUGGCAUCGUGCUGGAGCUGAAGCUCGGGGACGAGGUGUGGAUGCAGGUGACGGGAGGAGAGAGGUUUAAUGGCUUGUUUGCUGAUGAGGAUGACGACACCACCUUCACCGGCUUCUUGCUGUUCAGCAGCUCUUGACACAGCGGACUCUGUGCAUGGGCCUCACUGAAGGCUCUGCUGGUGGACAUGGUGCCCCCAGAGCUAGCUCGGGGACAGUGGGAGGUUACCGCGCCCAUUCCUCCCAUUAUUGCGUCCGUCCUAAAGUGUAGAUGUGGGAAGCUAAGGCUACAAAGCCAGUCAUUUGAACACAUUCAUAAUAAACUAACUCAGAGACACCA